AGGGAGAAAGUGAGGGGAAAAGAGUGAGACCAGUGAAAGACAGGAAUGGGUGAGACCAUAGACGUUACAAGCAUCCAGUCCCCGACGGGAGCUUUAUACAUUGAUCAGACGCACAUUUGAUUUUUAUUUCAUCAUCUCAGACAGGUCCAUUAUACAAACCCAAAUUAGAUGUUUUUUUGUACCCUGUUAGGACCUUUAUAAAUGGAUCAGACAUGAACCUGAUCUUCUUAUUUUACCUCCUGCCAGGACCUGCACAUGCGGCUGGACCAGACCAGGCAGGUAGAAGGCCUGGACGACACCUGCUUCCACUACGGCUUUAACCCCGCCUACCUCCAGACGGUCGUCUCCCAUUGGAGGAACCAGUUUGACUGGCAGAAACAGGUGGAAGUGCUCAACCAAUACCCUCACUUCAAAACCAAGAUUGAAGGUCUGGAUGUGCACUUCCUGCGCUGCCGCCCGUCUCCCGCCGCUGCCGCCGGUUGCCUGGUUCGGCCCGUGAUGCUGGUGCACGGUUGGCCCGGGAGCUUCUACGAGUUCUACCGGAUCCUUCCGCUGCUGCUGGAGCCGCAGGACGGCCUCGCCUUCGAGGUCAUAUGCCCCUCCAUCCCCGGAUACGGAUACUCUCAGGCCCCACAGGUCAAAGGCUUUAAUACUCUGGCUGCGGCGCGUGUUUUCCUGAAGCUGAUGGAGAGGUUGGGUCAUUCUGAGUUCUACCUGCAGGGCGGCGACUGGGGCUCCAUCAUCACCACCAACAUGGCCCAGAUGAAGCCAGCGUGUGUGCGUGGUCUACACCUGAACAUGUUUAACGUGACGUCUGGAGGCGUGGGGGUGCUCCUGUCGCUGCUGCUUGGGCCCUACGUGCCCUCUCUGGUGGGCUUGACCCGGGAGGACGUCAGGCGCCUCUUCCCCUACGUGGAGAAGAACCUCCACAUGCUCCUCAGGGAGACCGGCUAUCUGCACAUUCAGGCCACGCGACCCGAUACCGCAGGUAGAGCGCUGAAUGACUCUCCAGUGGGUUUAGCUGCAUACAUCCUGGAGAAGUUCUCCUGCUGGACUGAUUCUCAGAACAGAGAUCUGGAGGACGGUGGCCUGGAGAGGACGUUCUCCCUGGAUGACCUCCUGACCAAUGUGAUGAUCUACUGGACCACGCGUUCCAUGACCUCCUCCAUGCGGUUCUACAAGGAGAACUUCAGUGAGAACAUCCAGAAGAGAUUGGACUCCAAGGUGGGUGUGUCGGUUCCAACGGGCCUUGCAGCGUUCCCCCAGGAACUGUUCCACACGCCACGCUCCUGGGCCCACCGGAAGUUCCGGAACAUUCUGUCCUACUCCUACAUGCCCAGCGGCGGCCAUUUUGCAGCGUUUGAGGAGCCGCGGCUCCUUGCGAAUGAUUUCAGGGAGUUUGUGAGGAAGGUGGAGAAGCUGCAGAAAUGAAGGCAGGGUGUGGAGAAAAUCACCUGAAACCUGUUGUGUGUGUGUGUGUGUGU